UACAUUAUAAAUAACUUGUUGCAUCAGUUAAUGAGUUCAUUCAUGUAAAUUCCAGGGUGCUAAGGAUAUUUUAAAGGACAUUGCAGUUUUAGAAUUGGAAAUUGCCUACUUGGAGAAGUAUCUGCUCUCGUUGUACCGUAAAACUUUCAAUCGACGAUUCUUGUGUUUGAAUACCAUAGAGGAGAAUCCGAAACCAAAUUCAGUGGCGCAAAAAGAAACGUUUCCUGAGGUUCUGGAAGGUGAUAUUAUGUCAGAGAAAGAAAAUCCACCAAAGAAAUUCAUUGAUGUUUGGGGAACUAAGAGAGUGUUAGAUUCUAGCAUUUUUCGGAGCCAUUCUACGCUCUCUCGGGGAUCGGCAUAUUCGGUUACUUCUCCAAAAAAGAAUGCUGAUAACUCUGUAGAUUUAUACCAUUCUCUUCCUUUGUCCAUGUUGGAGAAGGCUCAGAUGAAUACCUCGAAUGGACUAACCUUGGCAGACCAUUUCGUUUCCGAUCGUAUUCCCAAAACUCCGAACCAGCUUUCCGAGGAGAUGAUCAAGGCCAUUUCAACCAUAUAUUGUGAACUUGCAGACCCACCUUUGAAUAACCAUAACUUUUCUUCUCCUAUGUCUUAUUUAUCAUCAGUUGAUGAUAUGUGGAGCACCCCACGGUGUGGGAAAUUUUCAUCCUUGAACUUCCACAUCGAUAGCCCUUUUAACAUUGCGAAGUCGAAGGAAUCCAGCGGACCGACCUUCGAAAUGGUUAAGGUUCAAGGGAUUUGCAGGGACAGCAAAAGGUUACAAGAUAUUGAACAUAAGCUGCAAUAUUACAGGUCACUUGUUUAUCAGCUGGAAGAAGUUGAUGUUAGAAGGAUGGAACAUGAGGAAAAGCUAGCUUUCUGGAUCAAUGUACACAAUUCUCUGGUGAUGCAUGCAUAUUUGGUCUAUGGUAUUCCGAAAAACAAUCUGAAGAGAUUGUCUUUGUUACUCAAGGCUGCAUAUAAUGUUGGUGGCCAUACCAUAAGCAUAGACACCUUACAGUGUUCAAUACUUGGGUGCCGGUCACCUCGUCCUGGACAGUGGCUACGGUUUCUUUUUCCUUCGAAGACGAAAUUUAGGGUCGGUGAUCGUCGAAGAGACCAUGCAAUCGAGUCCCGAGAACCUCUCCUGCAUUUUGCACUUAGUUCGGGAAGCCAUUCGGACCCCGUGGUCCGAAUAUACACACCGAAAGAAGUGUUCCAUGAACUUGAAGUAGCAAAACAAGAGUACAUCCAAGCAAAUUAUAGUGUCAACAAGGAGCAAAACAUAAUGUUACCAAAGAUUAUGGAGUAUUUUGCAAAAGAUUCAGAUGUUUGUUCAGCUGGUUUACUGCAAAUGGUCGAGCAAUGUAUGCCUGGUGCACUGAAGAACAUUCAGCAAUCAUGCAAUAGGAAAAAUGGGAAAAUUAUCGAAUGGGUCCCUCACAAUUUUGCAUUCCAAUAUCUAUUUCCAAAAGAACUAGCUUAGUGAUAUAGGGUAUAUCUAGCCCUGUGAAAUUCAUU